GGACCUGUUCUCUACCCGCCGAUUUCUUCAUCAAAUAAACCCUAACAAUCCCUCAAAGCCAAACCCUUGGCAGCCCCUCAAGUCCACUGAGCGUUGCCGCGUUGCUCUCCUCUCUAAUGGCUACUAUACCUGUUAAUCCCAAGCCUUUCUUGAACAAUUUGACUGGAAAGCCUGUUAUUGUAAAAUUAAAGUGGGGGAUGGAGUAUAAAGGUUUUCUUGUUUCAGUUGAUUCCUAUAUGAACUUGCAGCUCGCCAACACAGAAGAGUACAUAGAGGGUCAGUUCACUGGAAAUUUAGGUGAAGUUUUAAUCAGAUGCAACAAUGUUCUCUACCUUCGCGGAGUACCGGAGGAUGAAGAAAUUGAAGAUGCUGAACAAGAUUAGAAUGACCAAAGUGCAUGGUUGUCAUGGCUUCAACAGAACUCCGGUUUACCCUUCCAUCAAAUGUUGCAUUGUUUGUGCUUAUUAAUGUAGAGAUUUAGAUCAUUGCUACCCUUAUGCGAAUUGGUGACCAUGAACAAUGUGUUGAUGUAAGGCGGGUUAAUCUUAUGUUGGCUAACGGCCUCUUCUGUUUCAAUUUUCAAUUAAUAUUAUAUCUAAUUCAGAGGAUAAUGCAUUAUGAGUUAGUUCCCUUUCUGGUGGGAUGGGUUUGUGUUGGAUCUCAGAAUUCCUUACAGAUCUUUUGUGUUGUUGGGUCCUAAGCCAUUCUGCUGGAGGAUUUCGUUUGCCUGU